GACCUGGCACUGGCCGCCCGGCCGGGCCGCGGAAUGCGCGGGUCGGGUGGAACGGAACGGAGCGGAAACUGAGUCAGUCGGCCCUUGGCGUCGGUCUGGGGUAGCCACAGCACGGGCGUCCUCGCGCCGCGACUUGAACACUUGAUUGCCGCAAGAAGUACAGCUGAGGAUCUCGUCGCCCGCCUGAAGGAUACGCUGAGGACGCUGGUGAACACUCUCAAAGAGGUGUCAUCGACUACGUACAUGCGGAUCCAGAUAUAUAAUUCGAAGUGAGAGGAGAAGACUUCCAUGAUGGCUGACGAGGAUGGCAAGCCCGUGGUUACAUUCGGCCCGAAGAGCGGCGAGUGCGCGGUGUGCGGCAAAGAUGGUCCCAUGAAGUGCGGCCGCUGCCAGGUGGAUUUCUACUGCGGAAGGCAGCACCAGGUGCAACACUGGCCUCAGCACCGCAAGGGCUGCGGCAGCUUCGAACUGCGCGAGAGUUCCAAGCUUGGCCGCUACGUCGUGGCCACCAAGGACAUUCCUGCAGGCGCCAUCCUCAUGAGGGAAAUCCCGCUGGUGGUGACCCCGACCUACGGACCAAGUGAAGAUCGGCCCGUGUGCGUGGGCUGCCUGGUGGAGCCGAGCGUGGCGCGGCAGUGCCCCAAGUGCGGCUGGCCGGUGUGCGGCGAUGCGUGCAGCGUGAGGGAAGUCCACCAACCAGAGUGCGCCGCCUUCCAGCGCGCCAAGUACAAGCUGCCCAAAGUGAGGGAGGGAGGGAUGUCAUUGAAUGCAUCAGUAUCUGCAAUCUCACUGAGAAUGAAGAAAGUCAUAAUCAUGACGAAAGUUUUGGCCGAGCUUGAGCCAUGGAACCCAGACCUCUGGAAGUUCCUGGGCGCUCUCAGGGUGACCCUUGCUUGUGAAAACCAGGCGCGCGGGGGCUUGUUGCGGAAUCUCCAGUCGGACCACUCGCCGCUAGAGAACUUUCUUGAAAGUGCGGACCAAAUGAGGAUCUCUGCCAUCCUGAUGGUGCACUACAGGACAUUCAAGAAGGACUGCGAUGCCGCGGUCAGUUGGAUUCGGGACGUGGCUGGACUCAAGUGGCUGACCGCUGAAGCCGUUCGCCGUGGGGCCGGAAUCUGCUUCAUCAACUCGAACAGCUGCAGUGCAGGCUUGGGCCGGAAGGAGACGGCGGUCUUCGCCGGCAUGUCGCUGCUGGAGCACUCGUGCCGCCCCAACACGGACGUGCUCGUCUGGCAGCGUGAGGACGGCCCGGCGCCGGCCGCCGGCAGCACGGAGUACGUCUUGGUGGCGUCGAGGAACAUCGCGCGCGGCGAGCACCUCACACUCGCCUACCUGCACAACUUCCUGCUGGGCUCAGUCAAGCGGCGCGCCCAGACGCUGGCCUGGAACUUCCUGUGCCAGUGCGAGCUUUGCCGCGACCCCAGUCAGCGGGGGCUGCACCUGGAGGCCUGGUGCUGUGCAGCGUGCAGCGGCAAGAAGAAAAAGGCCUUCCCAGUGACGAUCCAUGACAUGCAGAACAGUUGGUCCUGCAGCGGCUGCGGGGAAACGGGUUCGCUCGAUGCCACCGGAGGAGGCGCCCAAGGGGCCCAAGCUCAGGCCAAAAGACUGGAGAAACGGCUGGAGAACUACGUCGGUAGCACGGCAAAGGUGCCGCUGAAGGUGUGGGAGCAGUUCAUCCACGACGCCCUGUGGCCCCGCGGGCCCCUGCACCCCACCCACAGCCUGGUGCUGCAGGCCAAGAAGGCCAUCGUCGAACUGGACGGGGUGCUCGUCCUCAAGGCGACCUUGACUCCUGGUUUGCACUGCACUAUAAACCACCCCGAGUCGCGGCGUGUGGCCGCCUACUGCCGGGAUCUGCUGGCCGUGAGCGACGCGGUCUGCCCGGGGGUCAACUGGUUCCGCCAGCAACUCCUGCUCGUCCACGCCGGCGUCGUGGAGGGGCUGGUGGAGGCGCAGAUGGAGAGCAUGCGCACGAUGCGCCCCCCGCGUGCCCUGGAGAAACUUCUAGACGAGAUGGAGGAGAUUCACACCGAGCUCACGCGAAUCGCCGUCAGUCCCAAACACAAGAAAACGUCGCUGGGGAACUUGGAAGAGAUCGCCGCAACCCGGAACGCUUUUUCGGUUUUUAAGUAGUGAUUGUGUAUGACAGAGAGUGUCUUUUGACCGCGUGGAGGAAAGACUCGUACUUUAAAGAGCAAAACGUUGUUGUAAAAUCUUCUUUCCCUGGGUAUUUCUGGAAGAUUGUGAGAGCAUAACGUUGUUGUAAAAUCUUCUCUCCCUGGGUAUUUCUGGAAGAUUGUGACUCUCCACUUGUUAGUGAAGACUCUGUAAAUGUGGAGAAGAAGGAAACUGUGUCUGUCUCAGUUAAAUGGUAAUUUCGGUUUCAUCCAAUUUAAUUGUAAGGUUGUGGUUCAGAAAUGGAAUAUUUAACUACGGUGUAUGAUUUAUCUAAUAUUGGCAAUUGGCAUUUGUUUUUCUGCUUAGUGGUGUCUUAGCAACUGAGACCAAUUUUACUCUUGUCGGUUUUCGGGAAUUAAACAAUUAAGCUUUAUGCAUAUGGUUCGGGUUUGUCCAGGGCUAAAUACUCACUGUUACCUGUGUUAAAUAAUCGUCAAUGAAAUGAAGAAUAUGGAAGGGUCUC